UCUAUCCCUCAUACACAUUCAAUUCUGCCCCACUUCUUCAAGUCGACCUUAUCUCAAGUAUGCACCAAGUCGCCGUCUUAUUGAUUGCGAUCCUUGCGAUCAUUAGUGUUGCCAUCGCGGAGCCUUUGCUUCCCAAUGGCUACUACCGCAUUUUCAAAGGAAAUCAGCAUGUACCCUCCCGAAACCGCUACUUCACUGCUUAUCCAGAUGCUAGAACUGGCUCCGUGAGGAUUGAGCCCAAAGAUGAAGCUAAACUUCAAGUAUGGCAACUUCGCAACCAUAGCAAAGGGCAGGUGUCUCUUCAAAUUUAUGACAAGAACGCAGAUAAGAGAAAAUACCUCUCGGAAGGAAGAUCUGGGGCUCUUCCAGGAGCAUCUCUUGGUGUUACUGAAAAGCCGCAAAGGUGGUUCAUUACCAGGAUUGCAGGCGGUCCUUUCACCAGGCACGUCCUCGCUCACCCAAGAAAGGUCAAUAACCAGACACUUGUUGUCAGCGAGAGCAACUCCAAUGAGGAAGAAGGUAAAAUAAACUGGGUUUCUUUUAGGUAUGAAGGCCAAGAAGGCUACAUCAAGGGCUGGAAGUUUGCAAGAGUCUACCCAGAAGAAGAACCCAGCGAGUAGACGGUCGAGGGUCCAGGCCAAGCUCGCAGCUCAGCUUCGAAGACAAUUCUUUCCUCAGCAUAAAAACGUAGCCUAUCAUUCCUAUUAAAAAAAAAAAAAAAAA